CCGACGCAAGAUACCCGGUAUCCCACGCCUCGCCCUUCCUCUCUCCACAGCAAGCCUUCACUUCACCUUUCGAGGUAUCAUAAUUGACAACAAACAAACAACGGAACAAUGGACAAAGUUGUGAACAAGAUUGCUGCCCUCCCACCGGGUGAGCCGUAUCAUAGUCUUGAGUUUUUUCCGCCAAAGACUUCAAUGGGGUUUCAAAACCUACAAGCCCGUCUGGAGCGCAUGGCUCGUGCUCUCCGGCCUCUAUUCGUUAACGUUACCUGGGGAGCUGGAGGCUCAACCGCCACCAAAUCCCUUCAGCUUGCCGAGAUCUGUCAACGCCAGCUCGGCCUCACCACAGUGCUACAUCUGACAUGCACGAACACGUCACAAACCGUUCUGGACGAAACAUUGGAAACGGCAAAGGAGAUUGGGAUUCGCAACAUUCUUGCUUUGCGGGGUGAUCCACCAAGAAGCGAUGAUUAUCAUAACACUCCGUGUGACGGGACUUCCAACGGCGCCGGGAAGGAGUUCGGGUAUGUCAUUGAUUUGGUCAGAUACAUACGGGAGAAGUACGGUGAUUAUUUCUGCAUAGGAGUGGCUGCUUACCCUGAGGGUCAUGUUGAGGGAGCUAGCCCUGAGAAACAGGAUCCGUUGUUUGAUCUAUCAUUCUUGGUUGAGAAGGUUAAGGCUGGCGCAGACUUCAUAAUGACUCAAUUGUUCUACGAUGCGGACAAGUAUAUCUGGUUUGAGAAGCUGCUAAGGGAGGAACCUUCGGGGGUGCUUUCCGAACUUCCGGUAGUUCCGGGAUUGAUGCCCAUACAGAGUUAUUCGAUGCUGAAACGGAUUACCAAGCUUAGUGGAGCUUCCUUACCCGCAUAUAUUCUACGAAGGUUGGACGAUGUCAAAGGAGAUGAUGAAGCGGUCAAGCGGGUGGGAAUUGAUAUAGUCUCGGAAGUCAUCGAGAAGAUUAAGGCUGCGAACCUGAGCGGCCCAAGAGGGUUCCACUUCUACACAUUGAAUCUUGAGAAAGCUGUAUCCUUUAUUGUUGAGCGAACCAACCUUAUCCCACCGCUCCAUGAGUCCGUCCUCGAGGAAAUUGAGGGCCCGGAUAUGAACGGAGCGGCUCUGAGAAGGGAUAGGAGAACUUCUUCCGUAACCUCAGAUCCUCAUAAUCGUGAGGGUGCUUUGGGGAGAGAGGCGACUUGGGACGACUAUCCGAACGGCCGUUUUGGCGAUGCGAGGUCUCCGGCCUUUGGUGAAAUCGAUGGUUAUGGGCCGUCGCUUCACUUGUCGCAAGCCCAGGCAAUCAAACUUUGGUCAUACCCGGUUACUAAGCAGGACGUCUCCGACAUCUUCGUCCAGCAUAUCAAGGGUGAACUAGAGGCUAUUCCCUGGAGUGAGCAAGGUCUGAGUGUGGAGAGUAAGGUUAUUGCGGACCAUUUGGCUAAAUUGAACCAGAAGGGAUUCUGGACUGUGGCAUCCCAGCCAGCGAUCAACGGUGUUAAUAGCACUGAUGAAACCUUUGGCUGGGGGCCGAAGGGGGGUUUUGUAUUCCAAAAGGCCUUUGUUGAGUUUUUCUGCUCGACAGAGGAUUGGGAAGUAUUGAAGGCAAGGCUAGAGAGAGUUGAGGAUGUCUCCUACUAUGCUGCAAACAAGGCUGGAGACUAUGUUGCAAGCGUGCCCCCCGGCGGCAGCGCCAUGCACGCAGUUACGUGGGGUGUCUUCCCGGGAAAGGAAAUUAUAACACCAACCAUAAUCGAAGAAGUUUCCUUCAAAGCUUGGAAGGAAGAAGCUUUUAGUAUCUGGAAAGAGUGGGCGAGGGUGUACCCGCCCACAUCUGCGUCGUCGAAGUUGUUGAUGGAAACUGCGGAGACGUACUACUUGGUUAAUAUUAUUCACCACGGGUAUAUGGAUCCAGAAUUCCUGUGGAAACUGUUGGAAACGUAAGGGGUCGUUCACGCUGGUUGACAUCUGCCGAGGGUUAGGGGGAUGGGAACCUUUUUUAUACUUCCAUGGUGAUGGGUUGUCUGGGGGUGGAGAGGGUGGUGUUUCUCCAGAUGACGAUUACACUUGUACAAUUAUGCGGUUGUAGUACUGGUAGUACUGGUACGAUAUUAUUAGUUAAUGAGAUCUUGCUGAGGUGCGACUUGGCAUUUGAGGC